CGGCCGAAACUAGGCUGCCUAAACAUGGGAGACUCCCUUCUGCGGACCCCGUCCCGAGAAGACAAGGGUAUUCCCCUCAUAAACUAGUCCAAAGAUUCUAACGCCCCCAGCGUGUCCCACCCCAUCGCGGUUUCUCCGAGGCUCUGGUUCUUGUAGUCUUUAGUCCUCCCGCCUUUCCUUCGCAUUUUCGUCUAAUCUGGACUCCAGAAACUACGCUUCCCAACAGGCGCCGGGCGGCUCGCUUUUGCGCCUGCGCAGAAAGGAGGAAUCUGGCACGGCGAGGUGGGCGGGGCGUAGAGCAAGCUGGAUCGAUGGGGUAGGAUUCGAAUUCUGGAGGAUUUAAACGGCCCUUAGACCUGUAGGGACGGGGGCGUGUAACGAACACCCAAGCCCCAGCAGGUCACAUAUGAAACAGAUUUGCCAAAACAUCAAAUUAUGCAGAAAAUCUCCAAGAGAAAUAGCAAUUCACCUAUUGAUGGUAAAGAACUGAACUCCGUUUGUCCUGAUAAGAAGAAGAAAGAAAACAAAAACAAUUUUGUCAAAAUAUUACCUCCAGAAGUCACUUUUAAAAUUUUUAGCCAACUCGACAUUCAGAGUUUAUGCCGGGCUGCAACAACAUGUAAGAGCUGGAAUCAAGCAAUCGAGAAUUGUGACUAUUUAUGGAAACACCACUGUUUGACUGUUAGAGCUAUAUGUCAAAAAGAAAUAGAUGGUGAUCGAGGAAAUGGAUAUUCAUGGAGGGUAACACUACUGAGGAACUACUGGAAGAGUAAGGUAAAGCAUGAAUGGCUGAGUGGCAGUCUUCUACAGGCUAAACAUCCGCACUUCAACCAGUCUCCAUGUGACAAGGCCCUUCAUCAUUCUGGUUGCCAUUCGCUGGAUACUCUCCAGCAGUGACAGAUGCAGAGGCAGAGGGGAAACAUGUCUACUUGAGUCGAUGCUAUAUAUCCUUAUUGAAUUUACUUUGACCAUUAGAUAAACUUUUUAUCAUAUGACCCACAACAUAUCCCAAUCCUGAGCCUGAUCCCAUUGGAUUAACCUGAUUUAGAACCACCUCAGACCAUUUGUACUGCAAUUUAUUGCUAUGAAAUGUUUUCACACCCUUUCCCCUCAUCUGAUAAACCUUAAAAAGUUUGUUUCAGGUGUAAAUCAGAAUCUAAAAACUAAGUUAUUUCCAUUUGAUUUAGUAUGUGUUCUUUGAGUACCUAUUCUCUAUAAGGCACUGCCAUUACUGGGAGAUACAAAGAUGAAUAAGAUCUAUGCAGUCUCUGCCCUCAAAGAACUUACAAUUUACUUACACCUAUCCCAUCCUAUGGUGGAUAGCUUGUCCUAAGUUGUCUGCUUCAUAUAAUUGAUGACCUUUAUGGUCAUUUCUAAUAUUUCUCUUUAGGCUUAUGUCUCACAUGUGUAUAUGUAUGUAAACACACAGAUAAAAAAAGUAACUAGUAGAGUUUUGUGUCUUUUGUUUUCAAUCUUUCCUGGCUAAUUUGUCUCCUUUUUAUCACUUUUGGCAUUUCCUAAAGGACCAUCUUUUAUGUAAAAGUUUCUUUUACUAAUCUGAAAGAGUGACUACCUCCUUUAACUAUUUUUACCCAAGCUGUUGAAUUGCUUUCCCCUUGCAAUGCACUUAUAAUAAUAAUAACAAUAAUAGAAUUUAUAUUAUACUUUAAGAUCAACAAAAUAUUUCAUAUACAAUAUAUCACUUUAUCUUCACAACAACUCUAU